CAUUCAUUUGUUUUUUCUUCUGUUUUUUUCUGUUUGCGUCACUCAUUUUACAAAAUGGAAAACUUAAAGUAUCGCAUUAUUUACGAGUACGAGUUCCGCCGUGGCACUAGUGCUGCGGAAACGACUCGAAGGGUGAAUGAUGUGUAUGGCGGUCAUGUUGCAAAAGAAAACACAGUUCGUUUUUGGUUCCAACGUUUUCGUUCUGGAAAUUUCGACCUGCAGAACAAGCCCCGUGGACGGCCUGAGACCCAAGUUGAUAAUGAAGUAUUGAAGGAUAUUGUGGAAGCGGAUCCAUCGCAAACCACCUCCGAGUUAGCUGCAGGCUGCGGUGUUAGUGAUAAAACUGUUUUAAUUCACUUGAAGCAAAUUGGGAAGAUUAAAAAGCUUGAAAGAUGGGUACCUCACGAAUUGACUGAAGAUAACCGGCAAACGCGCGUCGACUGCUGCGUUACAUUACUGAACCGGCACAAUAAUGAAGGUAUUUUAAACCGAAUCACUACCUGUGAUGAAAAAUGGAUUCUUUACGAUAAUCGAAAGCGCUCAGCGCAAUGGUUGGAUCCUGGCCAGCCAGCCAAAUCCUGCCCCAAGCGAAAAUUAACCCCAAAAAAGUUACUUGUAAGCGUUUGGCGGACUAGUGCCGGUAUUGUUCAUUGCAGUUUUCUCAAAUCUGGCCAGACUAUUACGGCUGAUGUCUAUUGUCAGCAAUUGCAAACCAUGAUGGAAAAGCUAGCGGCUAAACAACCUAGGCUGGUCAAUGGCUCCACGCCACUGCUACUUCACGACAACGCUAGACCACACACUGCACAACAGACGGCUACCAAAUUAGAAGAGCUUCAAUUGGAAUGUUUAAGACAUCCUCCGUACUCCCCGGACCUUGCUCCAACAGAUUACCAUUUUUUUCGAAAUUUGGACAACUUCUUGCAAGGGAAAAAUUUUAACUCUGAUGGGGCAGUCCAAAUCGCCUUUACAGAUUUUAUUGAUUCCCGUCCGACUGGUUUUUUUAGUAAAAGGAUCAAUGAACUACCUAUGAGAUGGCAAAAGUGCAUAGAAAACAAUGGUUCAUACGAUUGUCUGCGGCUUUAA